CAGUGCCUUCCGUUAUUGAAUGCAUCAGUUUGCCCACGCCUCCUGCUUGUAUUCGCUAUUGCUGCCCACGGCGGAGGAGAAAAGCUCACAAUUCAAGAGUGAAUACGUAUAUCAACGUGCGAGUAUUUCUCGAGCGAGUUUAUUUGCGUCUCAUCGUCACUUGAAACUACGAACUUUUCUACUACAGGCGGUUGAGCUUCCUCGAACGAUUUCUUCGAAAGGCCAUACAACGAUAUCUGAUUGAGAAGCGAGAGAAGCCCAGGAUAACAGGAUGGCUUGAUUUUACCGACCAUAUCAAUCAUACCUAAGAAAGGCAUGUAUUCGACAUUUGACGAACACGAUACUCUGGGGGACCUCCCGCUUCAGCGACCAAAUUUUACUCAACAGGCCACAAGUGAAAACCUGCCACACAUCAUGCUCGAAACUUGGCCUCCACAGACUCCAACUUGGCGCCAUCACUGUCAUGUGGUUUACAUUGUCGACUUCAGGGUUCAUUCCCAACGUGGGCGAGGAGACCCCUCCUACACCAGUCGAGCGAACAGAACCCGCGAUCACAUAGAAAGUGGCUUAUUCGUACAGACACACGCGAAAAGGAUGUGCGGUCACCUUUACAUGCCUCGAAAACACCCGAUUCACGAGUAUUAUGUGCUUCAGAGUCAGAGACUCGACAACAUUAGGCAGCACGAGUAUUUCGAGUCCGAUGCCGCCAUCGGGUUCAUAUUCAAGAAGGAUUACCAAAACUCCUUCUACCAGAUUCUUUGGGAGAUACAGUUACCGGACAAGAGAAACCCUGAGGACUCGGCUCUUUAUCGACGCCAUGACAUCAACGUCCAAUCUUCCCCCCCUGAGAACUCGACGGACUAGGUGACGGCUGUGCUUAUAGUGAUGGGAACAAGGAAGUUGUUGAUGGAAUAUGUGCCAAAUGACUGGUACAUAGAUGACACAGGAGUGUUCCAGGAACAUGGUCGACAUGAAACUGGUGUUCAAGAUACUAUUGUUUGCAAGGAGUCAACCUUGGUUGGGAUCUUGUCGUGGAGCUGAGAUACCAAGAGGCUAUAUCGCGGAGCGCUUUGCAUGAUAUAACGUCAAUGCAGUUAUAGAAAAGAUGUCAUCGGGGGAAUCUGAAACAAUAUUUCCUAUGCAAUUGAACAG